AUGACAUUCAUGGGCAGUUUCAAAGGGAAUGCUCCCGUUCGGCAGAGAAUCGUUGAUCAAUGUAAUUCAUACAAGGACCCAUUCAUCUGUUCGGCACAUCACAAAGUCACCAAGGCCAGCCUUGCGGAAGCAAGGAACUCAAAAUUUUGUCUGCGGCGAGCUGGGGAUUCGCCAUCGAGGAAAUCAAUCGUUGACGUUAUCGCCCUAGGUUGCUGCAUUCCAGUGUUCUUUCAUCCCGCGCAUGCGAAGCUCUACGAAAUCAAUUGGGACGGCUGGCCCGGCUGGUCAGCCUGCGUUUCCAUUCCUCGCCGGGAGUUCCUGAAUGGGGGCAUCAAUUUGCAUCGGCAUCUUGCUGCAAUUCGUAAGGCCGAGGUCCAGAGCAUGCAGUACCGAUUGUUCAAGAACGCGCCCACAUUCCAGUGCCAAUUGGACGACAAUGGGCAGGACCAACCAUCGAAUCUCCUGGGGUACCUCCAAAAAAAGUCCGUUCAGUGCACGGUGGCGGAUCUACGUAACCAUGAUAAUCCGAUGAUCAUCGUUCCGACAGAUCGCAUCGCAUUUCCGAGCUCCAAUGGGGGAGCCGCCUGGGUGUAUUUCAAUUUGCUGUUGGUUUGA